AUGUUCUUGCCAUGUCUCUCAAUUUCCUGGCUAGGAAUUUCGGUCGAUUAUCUAGGUUUUGAGCUUUUUUUGUGGCUGCUGUAUCUUUUUGCGACAGAUUCUUGUCUUCAAUGCGUGGUUAUUAAUUAUAUCCUUUUGAUUUCUGCCACUAAUCCCCAGUUUUCUGGCCGUGGACAGUUUUGACCAAUGGUUCCAGCACAGCAAGGACAGCCAUUCAUUCCGGUGGCUUCCCAACAGUUUCGGCCAGUUGGACAAGGUAUGCCUUCUUCACAUGUUGGGAUGCCAGCUGCCCAGCCUCUGCAAUCUUUACAACCAAUCCAGCAGCUACCACCAUGGACAAAUCAGCCUGGCCCUGGGGCACCUUCAGCACAGGCUUUGUCAAUGCCUUAUGUUCAACCAAACAGGCCUCUGACAUCAUCACAGACCCAGCAAACUGCCCCUCCAUUAAGUAAUCAUUCUGGGGUUGGCACCUCAGGGAUUCCUAUUUCCUUGCCAUAUGCUUUUGCACCAUCCUCUUUUGGCCUGCCACAAAAUAGUGCCAGUGCAUUGCCCCAGUUCCCAACAAUGUCACAAAUGCAUGCAACUAUUGUAUCCGUGGGGGGACAGCCUUGGUUGCCACAUGGAAGUUAUUGUGCUUCACUUGUUCCCCCAGUACAGCCAGCUGUUGCCCAGAUUUCUAUAUCAUCUUCCUCAGAUUCAGCAAUUGCUGUUUCUAGCAAUAGUCAACAGUCUUUGAAUGAUUGGCAAGAACAUACAGCUUCUGAUGCGAGGAGAUAUAGUUGUCAUUACUUCUUAUCUCCCAUUCUGUUAUUCAAAACAUUGGCUUCUAUAAAUUCAUACUUGGGAGUCAAAGGAAUUGACUUGAUCCAUGAAGUGGAUGUUGAAGUUCCAGUCUGCUCAGAGACAAGUUUGAUAUCUUGUUUAUUUUGCUGUAUAGUGCAUGGUGUAGUUUACUAUUGUUACUCUUGUUAUUUCAGCAAAGCUAUAAGCCUGUUUGAAAAUGAUGAACGGUACAAAGCUGUUGAGAGAGCCAGAGACCGAGAGGAUCUUGUUGACAGCUACAUUGUGGAACUUGAAAGGAAGGAAAAAGAGAAAGCUGCUGAGGACCAUAGGAGGAACGUAGCAGAAUAUAGAAAAUUUCUGGAGUCCUGUGAUUUCAUUAAGGCCAACAGCCAGUGGCGGAAAAUUCAAGAUCACUUAGAAGAUGAUGAAAGGUGCUUGUGUCUUGAAAAACUUGAUCGUUUGCUCAUUUUCCAGGACUAUAUUCACAAUUUGGAGAAAGAGGAAGAGGAACAAAAGAAGAUACAAAGGGAACAAUUGAGACGGAAAAAUCGUGACAAGUUUCGAAAAUUGUUGGAAGAACAUGUUGCCUCUGGCUCCCUUACAGCUAAAACUCACUGGCUUGACUAUUGUUUGAAGGUUAAGUAUUUGCCUCAAUAUCAUGCUGUUGCAACAAAUACUUCUGGCUCAAAACCAAAAGAUCUGUUUGAGGAUGUUUCUGAAGAAUUACAGAAACGGUAUCAAGAUGAUAAAACUCGUAUAAAGGAUGCAAUGAAGCUGGGGAAGAUCACCAUGGUGUCUACUUGGACAUUUGAAGACUUCAAGGCUACUAUUUCUGAUGGUGCUGGUUCCCCACCAAUAUCAGAUAUUAACUUUAAGCUUUUAUGUGAGGAGCCAGUUGAAAGAGCCAAGGAGGAGGGGAGAGAAGCUGAAAAAUAGCAACAUCUUACUGAUGAUUUCACUAAACUACUGUAUACUUUUAAGGAAGUAAUUGCAUCUUCUAACUGGGAGGAUUGCAAACAACUUUUUGAGGAGAGCCAGGAGUACAGAUCAAUUGGGGAAGAGAGUUUGAUUAAGGAGAUUUUUGAAGAAUAUGUCACACGCUUACAAGAAAGGGCCAAAGAGAAGGAACACAAGCACGAGGAGGAAAAGGCCAGGAAAGAAAAAGAAGAGGAAAAAGACAAGAGAAAAGAGAAAGAGAGAAAGGAGAAGGAGAGAGAGAAAGAGAAAGAACGUGACAGGGAAAAGGGAAAGGAACGAACAAAAGAGGAUGAAACAGAUAGUGAAAAUGUUGAUGCAAGUGAUGGUUAUGGCCACAAGGAGGAGAAAAAGAGGGAAAAUUACAAAGAUAGGAAACACUGGAAACGGCAUCAAAGUGCCACUGAUGAUGCAAAUUCUGACAAGGAUGGGGAAUAGGGGUCUAAAAAAUCACGCAGACAUAGCAGUGACUGUAAAAAAUCGAGAAAGCAUGCAUACACCCCCGAAUCAGAUGGUGAAAGCCAUGAAAGCAGGCAGAAAAGGCACAAGAGAGAUAACCGGGAUGGUUCCCAUAGAAAUGGUGGUAAUGAGGAGCUUGAAGAUGGGGAGCUUGGUGAGGAUGGGGAAAUUCGCAAACAACCUAUGGCAGCAGAGAUUGAUAUCUGAAUUCAGGGAGAUGGAAAGUGGUGACAAAAAGUUGAAGAGUUGGGAAUUAAUUAAAUUUUGAAAAUAGCUUAAGCUUAACAUGUGGUAAUCAAUGAUGAGAAAUCAAUCAUGUUUUUUACUAUGUCAGUAACAAGCUCUCCUAGAAUGGUAUCUCCAAUCUCUGAACCAAUUUCCCUCUGUAGCUCAAACCCAUUCCAGUCUUGUUCUGAAUCCAGUAAAUCAAAAACAGGAUCUCCGAUAUCUAACCCAUUAUCCCUUCUCUCUGACUUGUAAUUACUCAAUUCUAGUUCUGAAUUCAGUACAUCUAAAUUCAGCAAUUUUGUCAAGUCUGACUCAUUAACAGAUUGUUUAUCCCAUGGCCUUGUUUUUUCACCAAUGAUUGAUCCAGGCUCUUCCAACCCCAAGAAUUGCUUGUGAUGACAUUGCUGCUUCAUCUCCCUUCCUUUGGUCUCAACAAUCUCCUUCACAUAGUCGAACAGAAGUUGCUUUGUUUGCUGCAGAACCAUUUUGGAUUUCAAGUACUGUGGAGAAAAAUAAGACUGAACGAGUUCUUGUCUUUCUCUGGCUUCUGCGCAAAUUGGCUUCUCAUUUGGUGAGUAGAAAAGUACUUUCCGAAGAGCAUCUGAUAAAAUGCAGUCUUCUGUCAACUUUUUGGGUAAAUUAACUCCAGUUUUCGAAGGGUUCUCCUCUUCUGCUGUACUGGAGUGCUCUGUAUUAUCUGUUAGAACAAGUUAAAGAGUUCAAUUUUAAGAAAAAGUUAAAAGAGGCUGGUAGCAAAAUCAUAAACUUAUGCUGAAUUCAUAGCAGAUAAAGAUCCUAACUGUUCUGAAAUGGGGAACGUCCAUUAGAAGGUAUUCCUUCCAGCCCGGAUGCUGGGCUGAGUCUUCUACUAUCCUCUAUGCCUCGCUGUUGGAGCUUUCUAUCUGUAGUAGUCUGUUGGUUUUGAUUAUGGAGGUUGAGUGGCUGGUAACAAGUGUUUGUUGUGAACAAGCUAUCUCUUUGCGUUGCACAUGGCGCUUCUACUUCACUCUUAGAAGAAUUAAACACUGUUUUGCUGCUAGCAGUUGAAAAUAUAUCUGAUUCUGCAACUUGCUGGUUACUUCUGCCCUUCUCAUUUACCUCAAGUUUUCCACCUCCAUGAUCAGAACUAUUGAUUCUUAGCAUCUGCUUUAUGGAAAUGACCUGUUUUAAUACAGCUCUCAGUACCUUGGAACCUUGAGGAUUGACCCUUUUGCUUAUGUUUACUCCAUGACCGACAGAUCGCUUUAGCGACUUCCUGGAAUACACAUGGCAGAACCUGGAGCUGUUUUCUGAAUCCGGGCCCUUUCUUGAGUAUCCUCUUUCUAGAAGGUAAAUAUUUAGGAUGAAAGGUUCCUGCUGCUCUUGAAGGAGUUCUCGAAGUUGCUUAACUGGUUUUGUUUCUGUGAUAGCCAUUGCAGAAGGGUGUCUUCAAGUUUCCGGAGGAAGUGGGAUAUACUGAGCACAUCUGUUAGUUUGGGACUAAUAAAGAGCAGAAAUAGUAGGGAGAACGGACAUCUAGGUCUUGGAUAGUGAGGGACAGAGACAUCUUGUCGUUCAUCUCCAGGCUAUAUGGCUUUAACUCUUGGUGGUACCCAUUUGAGUUCCAGAUCACCCUGUAAUCACAAGGUUUGGUAUCUUUUAUUUCAGUCUUUUGGCCGUGUCAUUUAUUGUCAUUAUUGGCAGCCUUCUGACCUCGUGCAAUCCUACCCAUCCCCUGUGAGAGACACUAGUUGUUGCUAUGCAUGUAUGGUCCCCCAAAAAAACUUGUCCUUUUGGAGAGGGUACCCAACACGUUACGGGUCUGCUUGUGUUGCUGUGAUUAUUUUUACUUGUGCUUGUUUAGUAGUGUUCUUAGUUAUAUUAGCAACGAAAAGCAUAUUUAUUUGAAGAGCAUCGCUUGACCA